AUGGCUGUGGUGCAAGGCAAAUGGAUCAAGCUUGGCCAGAAAGGAACUGGGCCGGGAGCCAGAAGUUCACAUGCCAUAACCCUAGUAGGACACAAGGCCUAUGCUUUUGGCGGCGAGUUUGCGCCUCGUGUCCCUGUUGACAACAAUCUUCAUGUCUUUGAUCUCCAGACUCUAACAUGGUCCGUGGCUGAUGUAACUGGAGACGUCCCUCCACCACGUGUUGGAGUAUCAAUGGCCACCGUUGGCAAAACCAUCUAUGUGUUUGUGGACCCUACUAUCAAGUGGCGAUGCCGGACCCCUCAUCGGAGUUACCAUUCAACUGCAUCCGAUGACAGGCAUGUGUACAUCUUCGGUGGAUGUGGUGUUGCUGGCCGGCUUAAUGAUCUGUGGGGGUAUGAUGUGAUUGAACAAAAGUGGGUCAAGUAUCCCACACCGGGGGACAAUUGCAAGGGCAGAGGUGGCCCUGGGCUUGUGGUGGUUCAGGGAAAAAUAUGGGUUGUCUAUGGUUUCUCUGGAGCAGAGACUGAUGAUGUGCAUUGCUUUGAUCUAGCCCAGGGAACCUGGACUCAGGUUGACACAAGUGGCGAAAAACCAUCGGCUCGAAGUGUAUUUUCUACCGUCGGGAUUGGGGAAUACAUAAUCAUAUCCGGUGGAGAAGUAGACCCUAGUGACUUGGGUCACCUUGGUGCUGGGAAAUUUGCAAGUGAGGCAUAUGCACUGGACACUAAGACUUUAAUCUGGAAGAGGUUGGAUGAUGGGCUGGGUUCAGAUGAUCAUCCGGGGCCUCGUGGUUGGUGUGCUUUUGCCGGUGGUUGCCUAAAUGGCAACCAAGGGCUUCUGGUUUAUGGUGGCAACUCCCCUAGUAAUGACCGGCUUGAUGACAUUUUCUUUUUUACUCCCUGUGUCAAUGCAAUUGGAAGUUAA